UACCGAUCAGGCCUGCUUUUAUUGGUCCAUUAUUAGUGCUCUUUAUUCUGCUAGUAAACAUACAUAUCGAACCUCCUCGUAUCCAUAUUACAAGCAAUUUCUACAAACAGAGGAUUUAGAUUGUCCAAUGGAAUUAAGUCAAAUUCCAAAAUUUGAAAAAAUAAACCAAAUUUCAGUUAACGUUUACGCAUUAGAAUUAAACGAGACAGAGAAAAAAACAUUUUACACAGUAGUACCGGCUAGACUAACAAAAAAUAAAUUAGAGAAGCAUGUCAAUUUACUUUUAAUUCAAAAUAAAUAUUAUCCAAAAUUAAAUGAUUACGAUGCUCCACCGGUUGAUGAUGUAGACGAAGAGAUUAAAUAUCAUUAUUGCUGGAUCAAAGAUUUGUCACGAUUAGUUUCAAGACAACUCAGUAAAGAUUGCAAAAAAAAAUUAAUUUGUGAUAGAUGUUUAAAUUAUUUUAGUAGUCGAGAUAAAUUAGCUGAACAUGAAAAACUUUGCUCUAAAUUAAAUAAGUAUAAAAUGAGUGUUCCUCAAUUUGAUUUUGUUGAAUUUCGAAACUUUACAUAUCAGCAAACUACCCCGUUUGUCGUUUAUGCUGAUUUUGAGUGUCAAUUAGAAAAUUUCAAUCAGCCUAGUAUAACUAAAACUUUAAAAUAUCAAAAACAUGUUGCGUAUAGUGCAGGCUACUAUGUAAAAUGUUCAUAUGAUGACAGCCUUUCUUAUUUCGAUAGUUAUCGCGGUGAGGAUUGCAUGGAUUGGUUUGCAGAUCGAAUGGAAGAUGUAGCAAAAUUUGUAAAUUCUAAAAUAAAAACAAUUGUGCCUAUGAUUGAAAAACCAGAUACAUGUAAGGCAAAAACUUGUCAUAUAUGUAAUAAACAGUUUUCCUCCAAGGACAUAAUUGUAACGGACCAUGACCACUUUAACGGAUCCUUUAGGGGAUUUUCGCACCAAGCAUGCAAUCUGAAUUUCCGAAAAUUGUUUGUUGUGCCAGUGGUCUUUCACAACCUAAAAAAAUUAAACGAGACUUCAUUACCAUCAAUUCAACACUUUUACAAUAAAUUAAACGAUGAACAUAUUAGUGCUGAGAAAUACGCUCAUGCACAGCAAAUUUGGCAAAAAUUUAACAUUCAGGAUUUGGGACAAUACUCAGACCUGUAUUUAAAAACUGAUAUUCUGCUUCUUGCGGAUGUUUUCGAACAAUUUCGCAAAAACUGUUUUAAGACGUACGGUCUAGAUCCUGCAUGGUAUUACACUAUGCCUGGCUAUACUUGGGACUGUAUGCUCAAGUAUACUAGAUGCAAGUUAGAAAUUCUCAAGGAUCUAGACAUGGUUAUGUUUUACGAAAGCGCCAUAAGAGGUGGAAUAUCGGUGUGUAGUAGCCGAUAUUCAGAGGCUAAUAACAAAUAUAUGGCUGAGUAUGAUUCCACGAAACCUUCAAAAUUUCUAAUGUACCUAGACGUGAAUAAUUUAUACGGGAAAGCUAUGUGUGAAUUACUACCCUACGGAGGAUUCAGCUGGGUCGAUAACAUCGAAAAUUUUGAUGUGAUGUCAAUACCGGAUGACUCUAACGUAGGAAAAAUGAACAAAACAGAGAAGGAAGAGUUUAUAAAAAAGUUGAGAAAAGAUAAAGAAAACGCUUACCUGCGCAAUUUAGAAAAGUGGGAGGAAAAGAAAAAAAUUAGAGUCAUAUCAAACGUCACAUUAAGAAAGUCUAACAAAAAAACAGAACAAGGACCAAGCCAAAAUACUGAUGAUUCUAGAAAUACUCAAAAAUCAGGCAAUUCUUUAAACGAUAAUAAUGAGUUAAAAACCAAUGACAUUAAUCAAAAUAUGAAAAUACUUGAGUAUAAAACACCAGAUAGUUUACCAAAGAUUAAACUUGUAACCGAAAAUGUUAAUUUGAGAAAACCAAAAACAAAACUUAUUAAAAAACAAAAGUCCAAAAAUAAGGCUGUUUUUACCUCUAAACCUAAUUAUAACACAGAAAAAUCACGGCUACGUAGAGCUAGAUUAACUCAAGAAGAAAAAGCUGUCAUAAGGGAAAAAGACAAGAUACGAAAACGAGAGUGUAGAGCUAACAAAACUAUUUUAAAGAUCAGCGAUAUGUCUAAGAAACAAAAGAAAAUACAAAGAAGAAAAUGGAGAGAAACGAAGAAAGAGUAUAGAAGAAAGAAAAAAUCUUUAAAUUCAGUAAUAAACACAACUCCCCCCAAUUCGGACUCAGAAAAUAGUUUAGCAGAAAUGGACGAAAACCUAGAAACUCCAGAUAUUGAUUUGAUUACUAGCAAUACAAAUAAAGAGGAGAUAGAAAUCCAAACUUCAGAAAACCAUAAACAACCACCAUUCAGUACACUUAAUACUUCAGUUUCUACGCGAAGUAAUUCAUUAUGUACGCCAAGUACAUCGUUUUCUACACCAUGUGCAUUUCAAAAGACUGAUUCGGAAAGUACUAAUGAUACACCAAAAAUUAAAAUGUCUUAUCAGAAAAUUAAUGCACGAAAGCACAAGCAUAACAAACUUAGAGAUUUGUAUAGAGAGAUAGAAAGAAUGAAACAUACAUUGGCUGAAAGGCAGAAACAAAUAGAAGAUUUAAAAAGAGAGAAACUUAAAUACAAAAAGCGAUUAGAAAGACAAGAGAAAAAAAAAUUGCCCAAUAAUAUUAUUACUCAAAAUCGUACACUAGAGAACGCACAGGAUGGUACAGAGAAAAAUCAGGCCUCUACACUAGAAUCUCCCAAUACAAAAAUUAUUACUUUUUUAAAUGGGCGGAUCAUACCUGGCGACGUAAAAAGAGAAUUGGUUUUUGGGGCGGCUUUAAAAGAGCAAAUUGUGACAAAUUUUACUAAAAUAGAACCUUCUAAUAAGAAAAACAAACAAAUUGCUCGGCAAUUAUUAAGUGGCAAUAUAUUAAAAAAAUAUAAACUACACAACAAAAUAAAUAGGAUUUUGCCCUACAGAGAAAACAGAAACCUCAUUAAAAGUACAAAAGACCUUAAACUCAAACGAAAGAAUAGAUCAAAUGCUAUUCACCAAGAAACAAAAAACAAGAUCAGAUUAUUUUUUGAAAGUGAUCGUAUAUCAAAAAUGUGUCCAGGAAAGGCGAAUUUUAUAACAAAAAAAAAAGUAAAAAAACAGAAACGUUUGCUUCUGUUUAGUCUAGCCUCAUGUUUUAAAAAAUUUAAAUUCGAAUUUCCUAAUAUUCUCAUUGGUUUUACAACUUUUUAUCAUAAUAAGCCAUUUUGGGUGGUUCAACCUAAAACCAAAGAUAGGGAAACGUGUGCUUGUGUGAAGCAUGAAAAUUUUAAGUAUAUUGUAGCCAAGUUAUUUUUUGAAAAAGUCACAAAUCAUCAAAAUUUAGAAGAGAUUGCAAAAGGUAAUUAUAAGCUAGUUUUACACAAAGAAAAUGAGUCUGAUACUAUAAAUUUGUUUCAAUGGAAGUCGCAACAACAAGAAAGGAAAAUUGGGGUACUUACUAAGUUAAUACGAACAACCAGUAAAAAGUCACUAAUAAUAACGAAACUUGAAUUGAUGGAGCUAUUUUUAAAGGAACUGCCGAGUUUUAAACUUCAUUCUGAUACAAUGAAUCAUCAAAUGGAAUUUAUGGAAAAAGUUAAAUCUGGUUUAGUUCCCUCAGAAAUGGCGAUCCAGAUUGAUUUUGCAGAAAAUUACUAUGCAAAACUAGAAACAGAAAUCCAAAGUAUGCACUUCGGUGCAAGUAAAAGACAAAUAUCGAUACACACCGGAGUAGCCUAUUUUAAAAAUCAUUUUGACGAAAAUAAGACAAUUUCUUUUGCUACCUUAUCAGAUAACAUUGAUCACCAAGCUCCUGCAAUUUGGUGUCAUAUGAAGCCUGUUCUUUCUAUUUUGGCAGAAAAUAUUAAAAGUACAUCCAUUAAAAAAAUUUACAUGUUUUCGGACGGCCCGACAUCACAGUAUAAAAAUAAGUUCAAUAUUUAUCUGGCGGCUAAUAAUUUGCAAAAACAAUUUCCAAACGCAGACGUUUCUUGGAAUUACAGCGCUUCUGGGCAUGGUAAAGGUCCGAUGGACGGCAUUGGGGGAACAAUAAAACGCUUGGCAGAUAGAACAGUAUUGAGAGGAAACGACAUAACAUGCGCAGGAGAUUUUAUUAAUUUAGUAAGACCUGAAUGCAAAAAAACAUAUCUAUUUGAAGUAUCUAGUGAAAACAUUCAAACUGAGAAAGAAAACUCCCUGCAGAAUAAGUUUUCACCAAUAAAAAAAAUAACACAAGCUCACCAAAUUACAUGGGGAAAAGUCACUAACAAAGUGUCGAUUUACACAAGAUCAUUAAGCUGUUACAUUUGUCCUUUUGAUGAAGAAUGUAGCCAUUUUUUUAUUGACAAACAACCGAAGCCCGGACAUGUUGACAGUGGAACUAAUGCAACACCUACAUCAUCAAGCCAAAUCGAUAGAACCAUUCCAAAUGAGGUGGAAAAUCCAAGUAUUCCAGUAGUCGGAACAUGGGUUGCGGUUGUUUACGGAGACUCUUGGUAUCCAGGGAUGGUUUCAGCUAUUAAUGAAAAUAUCCUCGAAGUGAAAUAUUUACAACGUCAAGGAAAAAGUUAUAAAUGGCCUACGCGACCGGACAUUCAAAAUGUAGAUUUUAAAGAUAUCCUGUAUAUUUUAACUCGUCCACCUAAAAGCGUUUCAAAAACAAGAACCGAUUUAUUUUCUAUACCCGAGGAAGCUAUAAUCGAUGACCUUUUAAAUAAGUCCGAAGACGAUUAAUAUUGUAAUAUUAAAAAUAUAAAUGUUUAAUGUCCGUUUAAAUUAAUUUUAUUUAAUUGUUUGCUUAAUGUAGCUCAAUUUGUCCAGUCCGCACAAAGAAAGUCAAGUCCGCAUCCAUUUUUGUAUAGCGUGUUGCAAUAGAAAUCCUGUGCAAUUAAAAAAAAAUAGACGUUACUUAAUAAAUAUGACCUAGUUUCAUCUGCUAUGGAACAGUUUUUUAUUUUUAGGUUAUUCUUUAAUUUAA